GAUUGAAUUAUAAAAUGGCAUCACAAAAGAAUGCCUCGCAUGCAGAAGUGUGGGAUGAUUCCACACUUGUAGACUCAUGGAAUGAAGCUCUACAAGAAUAUGAGAAAUACCAUAGUAUCCAUGCUCGGGGAGAGAAAGUUGAGGAUGUAUUAAACGCGUUCGAGAACCAAAGUAAUGGAGUAGAAGGGGCGAUGAAUGAGGAUGGCGGAGAAGUUGUUGAAGAACCUCUGGAGGAAAAUGUUGUCAUGCAAAGCGAGUUUGAGCAAAUCGAUGACCAUACCCAAGCAGGACCUAAAGUUGAUGACCAGCCCGCACCAAAAGCGACCAAAUCUAGUUCAUCGUCUUCAAAAGCUCCAAUAUUUCCACCACAGUUGAUUGGUCAAGUUCACGAUGAAAAUCUUAAAAAUUUACUGAUGUCUUGGUAUUAUGCUGGCUAUUAUACUGGAUUGUAUGAAGGCCAACAGCAAAAACAAGAACCAAGUAAGAGUACAUAAUAAGUAUAAGGCAUAGGAUGGAUCCUCUAUGAGGAAACUAUUAUCACUACUGCGACUAUCUGUGACACGGAUAGUUUGAACCAUCUGAUCUUAUUCAAGCCGAAUCAUUAAGAUUGGCAUUGGGAUGAAGUCCGAGCUGUGCCAUGUUGUGCCGUUGUGGCAGAUAUCACAUCCGUCAAAAGCAUAUGAGGGAGGAUCUCAUAAUAGCUUGUACUUCACGGAAGAACCAAUGUUACAGCAGGUAUAAGAGACAUAUAUUAUGUGGUUUCAUGAUUGACAACGGGUACCAUACAUCA